GUAACAAGAAGUCAACACAACUGCUGUGCCAAAGGCAUUCUUGAGGACAUGACUCAGUCCUGGCCGUCCCAGCAGGCCUUCGGGGGUGACCAGCGAAUCCUCUACAACUACAAGGAUGGAAAGCAGUCAGCUGCACACCAAAGACAAAGUCAGGGGGAGGCACCGCAGCGAGUGGUCCACCGGCACCCUUGUGUGGCGCCUCACAAAUCGAUGCUGGCUGACGACCUAAAGCUGAGCAGUGAUGAUGAGGACACUCAGAGGACCAUUCACGAGUCGRCUUCCUGGGACAGACACAGCCUGUCAACGCAGCGAGCGCACACAUAUGGCAGGCGGGUGAGACAUUCCAGCUCGGACUCAUCAGACUCAGACUCCACAGCCAAGUCGAGCAGCAGCAGUACUCAGUCUCGCAGUUCCAGCCGAAGUCCAGAACUAGAUCCUCCAUCACCUGCCAACGCACAGGCGCCAUGCAACAACAAGGAGACAGAUCAUGCCUCUGCUACCCAGUGGCAAUUAGAUAAAUGGCUGAAGAAAUCCAAGAAAAAACCUGGCAGCACUGAUCAAAAUCACUCACAAAGUCAUUCAGACCACCAGCUUUCUCCCAAGACCCAGAGAGCCCCGUCGCCAGCCAGGUCCUGGGACAGCAAUCAGGAGUACAGCCCUAGCCAAAGUCCCAUACCCAGCCCACAGUUCAAUUACAACCACAGCAGCCCUGUACCCAGCCCUGGUUACAGUUACUGUCCUAGCCCCAGUCCAUUCACCAGUACCUGUCCAAGUCCUUCCCCAAGUCCAAGGCAUAACCUCAUUCCAAGUCCAGCUCCAAGUAUUUGUCCCAGUCCAUGCGGGAGUCCACGAGUCAGCCGAAGCCCAAGUCCUAUAUCUAAAGAUCCUCCAAAAAGCCCAAGUCCCACUUUACGUGGCCCCUCAAGGGUUCAUCGCUAUCUUGAAGGUCAAAGUCAGAACCAAGCACAUUCCACUUUAACAUCAACUUCCCACGGGACAAAAAUUAGACCAUGGAUUGCUCCGUUACCUACCAAUUUGAAGAGUAAGACUGCAAGUGCCAUUCAGCAUCACCCAUCUCAUCAGCACGGGCCCAGGACUGACCCUACACAGAUCCAAGUCCAAAGCCAAAGCAAGCUGAAAGCUCAUGGAGCUUUGACUUCAAAGCAAAAUCUCAAAUCUACACCAGAGCCUUCCUCACAUUCAAGCGUUAAACCGCUUUCUGAUGCACCCAGAGCUAAAAACACAUUACAUUUUGAUCAAGCUCAAGGUAACCAACCCAUCCACAAGCUACGGAAUCCAUUUCAGUCACAUAGUCCCAGCAAAUCAAAACACCCAGUACCCUUCCGUCGUGAAACCAGAACUGUUAACAGUUCCCAGUCCCAAUCUAUCUGUAAAGCUACUAGCACUUCUGGUACUGGGUCAAGUGCUAGGCCCAGCCCUAACCUAAUACAUUGGACAAAGUUGUGGAAGGCUAGACCGUCAAAUCCUGUGCACACAAAUAAUUCCCAAAAUGCUCAAAAGAAGCUUCAAACCAAGGCACAAGAAGUGGACCAGAGAAGAUUCCAUUUGACUCAAAUAGAGGAGCGAAAAGCCGAGAGAAAAGAGGACAGACAUCAUCACGAAAAACAACCAGGAAAACCAGAAAGAAAAGAAGACAGGAGGCUGGCGGAGGAGCAGCUACUAAGACGUCCCUGGAUCCAAAAUUUGGCUGCAGAAGAAGAGGAGGAGGGAGCGAGAGAUCGGCAGAGUGGGAGAAAAGAGACAGAAAGAGGGAAAAACAGGAGGAAAGGGGAGCAGCUGAAUAAAUGGCCAACAGCUCAAGCCAAAGAGAAAGGUCUGACCAGCAUCGAACAACACCGCCUUCCASAAGAUUCAGACUAUCAGGGGAGGACAAAAAAGGGAGAGAGAUGUGAGGAGGACAAAGACUUUUCACCCCGUCUAGCUUCACAUUCUCCAACUCCUCAAAAAACAUCCUCCUCAUCCUCGUCCUCAUCUUCCAGCUCUCCCUCGAAUUCAGGCUCAGAAUCUGAAUAUCAGCCUCGGACUGAAAAAGUUUCAGCAGACUCUACCUCUCACAAGAGACUUACCAAGAAAGGACACCAAGCACCGGGCAGACCCGAUGCCUCCAGGCCCAAGGUGAUUCACGCCAAAGAACUAAACUCUAGACAUCCUUGUGAGGGAUCGCAAACCGUGGGGAGGCAAAAGCUCUACACCCUCGUCCCAUUUGGACGAAGUGAGAAGGCGGCUCCCACUUCCCAGCGAGGCUUAAGAAAUUUGGUGGUGCACAUAGACCUCUGUCUUCUCAAGAGAGUCCCUGAGAGCACGACAAAUUCUGCUAAAAAACCCUCCUCUUCAUCAUCUCCUUCAGUGACCAAGGACAAGCAAAGAGACGCAAUGAAACACGUUCAAGUCCCUGAGACUUUGACAAAAGAUGGCAAAAGGAAACGCAAGUUGGAGAAUGGUGCACUGGACAGAGAAUGCAAGAAGAGCCUAGUUUAUCCAAAUGACACCUCAGGACAGACAGAAUCUUCAUCUCUUACAGCUGAAAACCUCGUAACUGAGAUGACACACAAUGGGUAUCUGGAGGAGUACUUGGACAACAAGCGGCCACUGUCUCCCUUGUCUCCCUUGUCUCCGCUGCCCCAGAGCCCUGAGAUCACCAAGCCCUCCACCAAAGCAAAGGCAGCUGAGCAUGUCCGUACUCAGAAAAGCAAAGACAAAAACAAAGGUCAAGCCGUGAAGCCAAAGAUGGAGGUGGAGUGUGUGAAAGUAUCAAGGCAGCCUCAGCCAUCAUCUGAGUCUUCCUGGAGACCUACUUCUCAUGGAGGAACUGGGCCAAAUCAUGAAAUAUCUCAUCAUGCUGAGUACUACUUACAUGAAGCUAAAAGGAUGAAGCACCGGGCUGAUGCAAUGGUGGACAAGUUGGGAAAAGCUGUAAACUACGUUGACGCUGCUCUGUCCUUUAUGGAAUGUGGGAAGGCCAUGGAGGAAGGACCACUUGAGGCCAAGUCUCCAUACACUAUGUAUUCUGAGACAGUGGAGCUGAUCAGGUAUGCAAUGAGACUCAAAAGCCAUUCUGGCCCGGGAGCGAGACAAGAAGAGAAGCAGCUGGCAGUUCUGUGUUUCAGAUGCCUCGCUCUCCUUUACUGGCAGAUGUUCCGCUUAAAGAAGGAUCACGCGCUGAAGUACUCCAAAGUACUGCUUGAUUACUUUAAGAGUUCUUCCAAAGUGCCUAUAACCCCACCUGGUUGGAAUGACUCUGGGAAGGGUAUGAGAGAAUCUUCCCUCUCACCCAAUGCAAAACACCACAGAAGGGAUUCCUAUGGUAGCUCUGCAUCUCUCAUAAGCAUCCCACAACGUAUCCACCAGAUGGCAGCAAAUCACCUGAGCAUUACCAACAGUGUCUUGUUCAGCUAUGAGCACUGGGAGGUGGCAGACAAUCUUGCAAAGGAAAAUAAAGAGUUCUUCAACUACUUGAAUACUUUGUCUGGGCCUUUGACUCUUCACAGCAGUGUUGCUCACGCUGUCCAAUACACCAGACAGGCUCUUCAGUGGAUACGCAUUAGUGCCAAACUGAACUAACACCAGCAGAGAGGAGUUACUUUAACCUKGCUCUUCAGGACUUAUCUGCUGCAGAAGAAUCAAAACUCUGGAUUUUUUACCAACAGGACAAAGCUGACGAGUAAUGUGGUGUUUGAAAUGAACUUGAAUGAAAUCCCACUGAGCCAUAAGAUCAUCUUUUUAGUAUGUUGGGUGCAAACUGGUCCAUACACUGUGCAAAGUCUUCUAAAGGAGAAAUCCACUUCUUCCUCGUUGUUGGGCGGCUGAGAAAGAUUUCAAACCAUUUGCCAAAAAUAUUCUGGACCUCAAAGAACUCAAAAAGAUAAAAGACACUUCUGUGUUUCUGUUCUCAUGAGACGAUGCUUUUAAAAAGGGUGAUCGUUUAACACUCUAAACCAGAAACUGAUGAUUCUUACUUUUGAAGAAUCUAAAACUUUGUAUCUUUGUGUUUUUUUAUUGUGCAAUAUUUGAUACAUUUUUUUUAGUAGAAAAAUAAAAAGAAGGUUUGUAGAAUACAUUUUUGUUCUCGUUUCAAAUGCUGUAAGAUAUUAAUCACAGUUUUUGGGGUUCUGAUGCACAACGUAAAAGACUAACCUUCUCUAAAUCCAUUUAAUAGUGUUUCUUACUAAUAAUAAGGCCAAAUUAAAAAUGUAUUUAACCUUUUUAAUAUAUUUUAAGAUUUAUUUAUAAAAAUGGUGCCAUUUCCAAAGCUACAAAGCAAUGCAGUGUACUUAGCUGUGGCAGAAAAAAGUGAUUUAGCUUUGUGAUUAAAUAAAACUUAUGAUAAUAUCCUAUUAGAUCUGAAAGCGUUCAAUCUUAGUAUUAGCCGCAAAACUAUUAUGCUCAUUUGUUCCCUCUCAAUACUAAUUACAACAUUAUUGUUCUAUCAGUAAAACUAAUCCAUGAGAGAGAAUGCAAUAUAGCUAUGUUUUAAAAGAUGUGCAAAAACAAAUACACAACUCUGUUUCAGGUUUUUGAUUAGACUUUUGCAAUAGAAACUUCCACUGGUGCUGGUGACAAAAGAUCAGAAAAAUGGCCACAAAUACACAACUACUACUGGUAAAAUGUUGAACACCUCAAAGUUUGAACCAUCUUUUGUAACAACAUGGCAUGUUCAAAGACAAUUUUGAUAUAAUCCAUUAAAUCAAUAUUUUAUGUUAAAAGACGAGUAUACAAAUUUCAUUGGUAAAUUGUAUUUCACAAGUGGCCAUUUAAAACAAAACUAAUAAAAGCGGUAAAUAAAUGCAGUUAGCUAUGAUAUAUUUUGAAGUUUUGUAGAAAUGUACAGAAUAAAAGUGCCUCCAAGAGUCACUCUGACCCAGCGUCUUUAAGAAUUUACUGACGAUAAUGACCUGUUCUUUUUUUUCUUUUUACUUAUUACGAUGCAGCAUUCUUGGCAUAUUCUUUCAUGUAUCAAGCUAUUCAUUUUGUGUUUCUGGGUUUAGUUCUAAUACAGAAACACCCACUUGAAUUUCCAUUAAAUCCUGCACUGUGUUCAUUUA